AUGUCAGAAGAUAUCAGUAACAUUUCAGAUGAAAUAUCUACUAUUGUAGAAGCGACCGAAGGAAUCACAUCAACAGUUAAUUGCGGAGUGACCAAUGCGAUAGGAAUAGCAAAUGUUCAAGGAACAUUAAACUUCGUUCAAGGAUCAUUAAAUUUGAUACACCAAGAGGUAUCAAUAAUUAAAACACAAUUUUGUCAGAAGGAAAAGUAUCAAACAGCAACACCGGAUGCACAUAUUUCAGCACCAAGAAUAGAUCCAAAAUUGAUAGUAGAUAUCGAAACGGAAGGGCAUACAAUACAACCCACACCAAGUAUAAGCAAUGUUAAGGAAAUGAUCCCUAGUUAA